UGAUCCUACCUUAUGUGAUGUAUGUGCAAACAUGAUUUCUGACCCUUUCCUAAUCUUGUUUCGUGAAUACAAGUCACUGGAGCCAUUUCCGUCACCGCUUCCUGUCGGAUGUGAUAUUCCCACUGGUUGUCCUCUGACUACAUCUGGUACUCCUUGUACAUCAACACCUUCGAUUUCCCUAGAGGGUUUCUGUAGCGAACUCCUAGGAAUCUUUGAGGAAGAAUGUUCAGAAAGUUCAGAAAGCUCAUCUUCCAGCAGUUCCAGUGAAGAAAGUGGAGGAGGAGGUAGAAGAGCACUGAUAAGACACAUAAAGGGAAAGAAACAGAAAGGAAAAAAGCAGAAAGGGAAAAAGCAAAAAGGAAAAAGUCACUACAAGGAAAAGUGCAAUGAAUAUGAAGAGUUAAAGGAUUUCAUUAAGGAUACAUGUGCGAAUGUAGCUCUCACUCGAUGAACAUUUUUUCCUUUGUAUAUCGGCUUGCAAUUCAGAAUAACAGAAGUAAAAAAAAAAUUUAAGAAACUAUAUAAAAAUACAGAAACUCACUAGUUUUCACAUUUAAAAUUCUUGU